AAUCUACACUUAAAUAUACAUAUAUACAUAUAUCAACAGUAACUACCAUAUAAUCUUUUGUAUACACAAUGAGUAUUCUUGUAUUAUCAUUACGAUUAUUUACUUUUUAAUACACUUUAUUCAAUAAGCUACUUUGUCUAAUAUAGAAAAUUAUUGGAAUAUAUACUACUCAUAUUUAUCCUUGUGAACAGUUUCAGUUUUUUCUUUUUGUUUUUCGUUUUGUUUUUUCAACAACAAAAAAACACGAAGAAAGAAAGAGAAAAAAAAUAAUCGAAUAUUUACACAUAUGAAUUAACACAAAUCAAUAAUCAAUUUUAUUGAUUUUAUUUAUUGGGAUUGAUAAAAGAUAUUGGAUUAUAAUAGAAAAGAAAUCACGUUCCAGAUAUUUAUAUUUUGAAAUGACUAAUCCACCUCAAACUAAUUCCAAUUCAAUGUAUAUGAAUAAUAAAAUUCAAAAAAUUAACAAUGAUCUUACACCAUGUUCACAAAUUCUUCAUAAUUCUAAUAUCAUUAUAGAUGAUACUGUGAAUAACAAUGAUAGUAACCAUAGCAACAACAACAACAAAAUAAUGAUAAUAAUAAUAAUAAUAACUAUGGUCAUUUUCAACAAUCUACAAGUCCAAAUGAAUUAGAUAAAACUACAAUAAUGAAUGAAAUAUCAUGUGAUAAUUAUGAAAAUAGAACAAAUUUAAUUGUGAAUUAUUUACCGCAAACAAUGUCACAAGAAGAAAUGAGAAUAUUAUUUUCAAAAAUUGGAAAAUUAGCCAGUUGUAAAUUAAUACGUGAUAAAUUAACAGGUCAAAGUUUGGGUUAUGGAUUUGUGAAUUAUGUAGAUGCUUCCGAUGCUGAACGAGCAAUACGUGCACUUAACAAAAUGAGACUACAAAAUAAAACAAUCAAGGUUUCUCUAGCUCGACCCAGUUGUGAAUCAAUUAAAGGUGCAAAUUUGUACAUUUGUGGUCUACCGAAAUUUAUGACCGAAUCUGAUUUGGAAAAAUUAUUUCAUCCAUGUGGAAAAAUUAUCACUUCAAGAAUUCUUUUCGACAAUAAUACUGGUCAAUCUAAAGGUGUUGGAUUUAUACGUUUUGAUCAACGUCAUGAAGCUGAAUUAGCUAUACAACAAUUUAAUGGUUAUCGUGUUGGAUCAAUGGCAGAUAGUCCGUUAAUUGUGAAAUUUGCUAAUAUUCCUACAUCAAAUAAAAAUGGUUUAAGUAAUUCUGUUAAUCCUACGAUUAUGACAACAACAUCAACACCUACACAUAAUAGUAAUAAUGGAAAUAUGGAUUAUCAAAAUCAAACUAUGACAACUUUAUCCUCUUUAAUAAAUUUAAAUAAAUUAGCUAUGAAAGCUAAUGAAUUACAAUCAAUGAUUACCCCGGAAAUUUUAAAUAAUGAUUCAACUUAUGAUAUAUUUAAUAAUUCAACUACACCACAAUUAAUAACAGAUUCAAGUAGUGGAAAACAUACACGAAGAAUAGGUGGACCUAUUCAUCCAACUGCUGUACACAAACUACGAUUUAAUCCAUUAGAUGGUUGUGCUAUACCGGUACGUAUUAAUCCAUUCGAUAGUAUAAAUCAUACUUCAAUAAAUAAUUUAACUUCAUCUCCAGCUUCAGCUAAUGGAUUACGUUUAAUGGGAAAAAAUGCUAAUAAUAAUAAUAUUAAUGCUGCAAUCUCUUUAGCUGCAGCAUUAGCAGCAGUUAGAACAACAACAACAGCAAAUAAUAAUAGUAAUAAUCAACCAGAUCCUUUGCAAACACAAUUAUUAUCACAAUUAAAUGGAAUUCCACAACAACUACCAGGAGUUAUAGGUUUUACAUUACCAUGGUUGGGAACUAAUAUAGAAACAAAUUUAAAUCAAUUAACCAAUAAUAUGUAUCAAACGAAUAAUUCACUUGGUGAUUAUUUUCCACAAUCGAAUAAUGUUUUAUCAAAUAUUUCAUUGAAUACAAUUCCUUUAUUAACUUGUCCAGAAUAUUAUAAUACACAAAUCGGAUUAAAUAAUAAUAAUAAUAAUAAUACUAGUCAAACAACUAUGAAUUUAAAUGUAGCUAAGCAACAAAAUCUUAAUUUGAUUAAUAGCUUCCAUAAUCAUAAUAAUAACCAUGUUAAUUCAACAAAAUCAUCUAUUCCAAUUGUAGACUCAUUAUUUUUUAAUCCAUUCACAUCAAAUUUAGAUAUUCAUUCAGUUACAACUAAACUUUUACAUGAUAUUUCAACUCAUGCAGUAAUUACAGGUAAUGUGAAUGGUACUACACCACUAACACCAACACCACCACCACCACCACCACUACCACCGACGACGACAACAACAACAAUGGUAACAACGGUAACACCAACUAAUGACUUAUUUUCAACAAAUCAUUAUCCUCCUAAUUCUAUAUCAUCAUCAUCAUCAUCAUCAUCAUCAACAACAACAACAACAACAACAGCAACAAUAUUAAAAAUUGAAGGUUUAGCACCUGGAACAGAUGAAUCAAUUAUAUUAAGAUUGUUUUCUGCAUUUCCAAGUGUACUAUCUGUACAAUUAUUACCUAAUAAAGAGUUAAAUAUAAAUGGUGAAAAUAAUAAUACUUUAAUUAUGAAUAAUAAUAAUGAUAAACAAGAUAUGAAAGCAUUAGUAAUUAUGUCAGAUCAUGAACAAGCAAAGUUAGCAAUGCAUUACUUAAAUGGAUGUACAUUACAAAAUCGAAUAUUGAAAGUUUCAAGCAAUGAAAGUAUAAAUCAAACAACUAAUUAUAAUUUUAGUGAAUAUCUACAACCAACUAAUACCAUUUUAUUAUAAACAAGUUUAUUAACUCCGAAAAAGAACAGAAAGAAAUUGAUCAAUCAAACUAACUGAUCCAAUAUAUCUACAUACAUGAAUAAGAUCAUUGUAUUAUUCAUAAAUGUUUCAAAUGCAUAUGACUGUAUUACAAAAGUUCUUUUACAAGAUCCUAUCAGCAUCUUGAAUAUUCGAAAAAAAAAAAGAAAACCCUGACCUAGAAAAGGAUAUUUACAAAUAAAUAUUUGAAUAAUAUUCAUUUGAUAAGGUUUUGUACAAAAUUGCUUUUAAAAAUAUAAAUAUAAUCUUUGAAUUAGUAA